UUUCCUUUCUUCCCUCGCUGUUCCUGGUAGUUCUGUCUACACAAUUUCCACAUACUAAACUUCACCAUAGAUUUUUAUUUUCCUUUACCCAGUACGAGCACAUCAUGUCGACGACAACGCGCCCCGCCAUCCCCCCAGUGGUCAUGGACAGCAUAAUCCAGCAGAUCGGCAACACGCCCCUCGUCCGACUGAACAAGAUCCCGCAAUCCCUCGGCAUCCGCGCAACCGUCUACGUAAAAGUCGAGGCCUUCAACGCGGGCGGCUCGGUCAAAGACCGCAUCGCCCUGCGCAUGAUCGAAGCCGCCGAGAAGUCCGGGCGCAUAAAGCCCGGCGACACGCUCAUCGAGCCCACGUCGGGCAACACGGGGAUCGGGCUUGCGCUCGUCGGUGCCGUAAAGGGCUACAAGACCAUCAUCACGCUGCCCGAGAAGAUGAGCCCGGAGAAAGUCGCCGUGUUGAAGGCGCUGGGCGCGGAGAUCAUUCGCACACCGACGAGCGCCGCGUGGGAUAGCCCGGAGAGCCAUAUUGGCGUCGCGAGACGCCUGGUUAAGGAGCUGCCCAAUGCGCAUAUUCUCGAUCAGUACUCCAACCCUGAUAACCCGCUGGCGCACGAGUUCGGCACCGCGGAGGAGGUGUGGACGCAGACGGACGGCAAGGUGACGUGCCUUGUUGCCGGCGCAGGGACGGGCGGGACUAUCACCGGUCUGGCGCGGGGUCUCAGGAAACACAACAAGGACGUCAAGAUCGUGGCGGCGGAUCCGCAGGGCAGUAUUCUGGCUCUGCCUGAGUCUCUCAACCAGGGGCGUGUCAACGAGUCGUAUAAGGUUGAGGGCAUCGGCUACGACUUCAUCCCUGAGGUGCUCGUGCAGAAGGAGGUGGACAAGUGGUACAAGACGGACGACCGCACGUCGUUCCAGUACGCGAGACGGCUCAUCUCCGAGGAGGGUAUCCUGUGCGGCGGCUCGUCUGGAAGCGCAAUGGCCGCUAUGGUCGAAGCUGCCCGGGACCUCAAUCUAGGCGAGCACGACGUGAUCGUCGUCAUCCUGCCGGACAGCAUUCGCAGUUACCUCAGCAAAUUCGUAGACGACGACUGGCUCGCAGCCAACGACCUGCUCCCCGACUCCCCCCCAGCAACCCCCACCACAGACGUCGUAUCCGCCCUCUCCCACCGCCGCACCACAAGCAGCAAAACCACCGACCCCUUCCACGGCGCCACCAUCGCCUCCCUGCGCCUAAAACCCGUAACCACAAUCCCCACAACCUCCCCCUGCAGCGAAGCCAUAGAAACCAUGCGCGAGAAAGGCUUCGACCAACUCCCCGUCAGCACAUACUCCUCGGGCGGAAAAGCACGCCUCGUCGGCCUCGUCACGCUAGGCAACCUGCUCUCGUACAUCGCAUCCGGGCGCGCUACGCCCCGCAGCGCUGUUGAGUCCGUCAUGUUUGAUUUCCGCAGGCUGAAUGAGGUUGUUAAGGAUUUGGGGCGCUUGACGCUUGAUAGUAAGGAUGGGACGAAGAGUGGCGGCGGGCGAAGGGACUUUGUGGAGAUUACGCGCGAGACGAAACUUGCGGAUUUGAAUCGGUUUUUUGAGUGGAAUAGUGCGGCGGUUGUUACCGAGCGGGUUGAGGGCGAGCCUAGGGCUGUGGCGGUUGUUACGAAGGUUGAUUUGCUGACGUGGAUGGUUAGGCAGGGGGGGGUGAAUGGGGCGAAGUAG